AUGAAAAGGGAUUCAACGAUCAUGAUUGGACAGGUGCCAGUAGAUAUUGAGAUAGAGCAUAAUCAACAAGAAAUUGCUUCCGAGGGAUCGAAUGGGCAGGCAAGCAACUCCAAUGAAGCUGAGAUUGUGCACCCGAAUACAUCCGAAGCUGCUGAAACAUGUGAUGACAUUGAACCGAAAUCCAGUUCUAAGAAGCAAGGUAACGUGAACCGCGACGUUGGUGAAACAAGCAAAGCUGGCGGCGCUAAGCGAAAGCGCUAUCAUCGCCACAGUGAUCAUCAAAUUAGGGAAUUGGAAGCGUUUUUCAAAGACUGCCCUCACCCGGAUGAUAGGCAGCGUAAGGAGCUCGGCUGCGCCCUUGGAUUGGAACCAUUACAAGUUAAGUUUUGGUUCCAGAACAAACGGACCCAACUCAAGGCACAAUCUGAACGCACGACAAAUUUCCAACUGAAAGCUCAGAACGAGAAGCUUCGCGCUGAGAACAUGAGUUUUCGACAUACCCUUGCUUCCGGAUGCUGCCCUAUUUGCGGUGAACAACAGGUUGUGCCACAUUCCCCUCUUGAAGCAAAUAAUCUAAGGCUCGAAAAUGAAAGACUAAGAGCUGAGAUUGCAAGGGCCACGGCUUUUCUAGCACAAUUUGGAGGCAAUGAAUUUGCGAAUCAGAACAACAUUUAUCCUAAUCCUCCACCGCCGGUCAUUAAUGUUGGUGAGGCAACUGCCGGAGAAGACAAUGAAUUCGGUGCAUUUGGUGGAUUAGGGCAACCAGAAGUGGAAGGAGAUCUUCUUUUCGAGGAACAACCGAUGCCUAUGCCUUUUAGUGUACCUGCAGCAGCACCAGCUGCAGCACACCCUACAAAUGACAGGAGAAGGAUCAUUGAUCUUGCGAGUUUUGGAAUGAGUGAACUGAACCAGAUGUCAUCAGCUGGAUACCCUUUAUGGUUUCCGACCAAUGAACAUAGGCAGCUUCUGCUUAAUGAAGGGACUUAUUGCGAAAUGUUCCAAAAAGUAGCAAAUGUGAUAAGACCACCUUCUUCUUUUAAGCUGGAAGGAACCCGACACACUGAGAUUGUCAUGAUGGAUUCUUUGCAUCUUGUCGAUGUCAUGUUGGACAUGGACAUGUUUUCAGCAAUUUUUAACAGCAUUGUUUCUAAGGUUGACAUCCUCGACGUCAUCACAGGUGGUCACGCUGGAAACUAUGAUUAUUCCUUGAUAGUGAUGGCUGCCGAAUAUCAGGUCCUCACCCCUAUUCUCCCAACGAGAAAUAGCGUAUUCGCGAGAUAUUGUAGAAAACUUGCUGAUGAUAUAUGGGUUGUGGUCGAUGUCUCUUUGGAUAACAAGUACAGCAUAAGUCCAUUAACCCCUAACUGCCACCGGAUGCCAUCAGGAUGUAUCAUCCAAGCCAUUCCAAGUGGUGGCUCCAGAGUAACUUGGAUAGAGCAUGUGGAGGUGGAAGAUGGUGGAGUUCAUCCUUUGGUAAAGCCAUUUGUUGACUCUUUUCUUGCUUUUGGGGCUGAGCGAUGGGUUUCGGUUCUGGCUAGACAAUGUGAACGACUUGCUGCUGUGUCAGUUCUUAAUUUUCCUGCUGAUGAUAUCAACAAUGUUGUUAGGAAACAUAUAUUGAGGCUGUCUGAAUGCAUGGUGUUAAGUCUCUGCAAGGGACUAACAUCCUCAACUCCAUUUUCAUGGGUAAAUCAAUCAGCCGGAAAUGGAAAUUGUGAAAUCAGAUUCACCACAAAAACCACUCAGAACAACGAUCCAGCCGGCAAGCCCUCUUCAAUUCUCUUAAGUGCCACAACCUUCUUCUGGCUUCCGCUCCACCAUAAAUUGGUUUUCGAGUUCCUCUCUGGUGAAAAUACUCGAAAAGAGUGGGACGUUUUGGCAAGCAAAGGAAAACUUCAGGAAUUUGUUCACAUUACUACUGGCCAUGAAGUUGGCAACUUUGUAUCCAUGUUUCGAGUUGUUAAUGGUGAAAACACUGGACCUGAACUAUUGUUUCUCCAAGAAUGUAGCACGGAUCCAACAUCGUCUUGCAUUGUUUAUGCACCAAUCGAGUCUCAAGCUGCAAGAAAGUUAUUGGUCGGCGAACUGGCGGAAAAAGUGGAACUCCUUCCUUCUGGAUUCACAAUUUAUCCCAGUGAAAAGCCAUCAUCCCUUGCAACAAUAAUGAACCCUCCAGGGGAUAGCGCCGGAGCGGCCGGAUCGUUAGUAACAUUGGCUUUCCAACUUCUAGUCGAUCCUUCAAAUGAAUCAUCCUGGUUUACCAUAAAUGGAUCUGUUACCAUCCUAACCGAUCUCAUUGAGUCUACCGUGAGGAGGAUCAAAUCUGCUUUGCUUCCAAAUUUUCUUUAG